GUGUGCGUUCCAAAGAAGGCGGAGUUAUGUAAUGAAGCCAAACUGCACGGAGUGAAUUUAGCCCGCUCCUACUGUGCAUGGACCAGGUUGCUGCUGGCUGCUACCGACUUAUUGCCGCAGUUCUGGGUACUUAGAUCAGAGCGUUUACAGCCUUUAAUUCCUUCGAAGCACGUGAUAGCGGGGCCUGGUCACGUGAACGCAUUGUAACUUCAGAGAUCGUAUGCACAGUCUAAUGGACCAUGAAGGUUAAAGUCAUAUCAGUGCUGGAUGAUAACUACAUGUACCUGGUGAUAGAGGAGCACACGAGAGAUGCCAUUGCAGUGGAUGCUUCUGUGGCUAAAAAGUUAAUAGAGAUUGUCAGAAAAGAAGGAGCCCACCUGAAAGCCGUUCUGACUACCCAUCACCACCUGGAUCAUUCCCGAGGAAACCCGGAUCUGCUCCAGCGAUUCCCCGAGCUGCAGGUGUACGGGGCCGACGACAGGAUUGGAGGGCUGACACACAGGCUCGUCCAUAACCAAGAACUGAAGUUUGGGGGUAUUAACGUGAGAUGCCUCUUCACCCCUUGUCAUACGUCGGGGCACAUGUGCUUCUUCAUAUGGGAAGACGGCUGCCCUGAUGCCCCAGCGCUGUUCUCAGGGGACACACUGUUCGUUGGAGGCUGUGGGAUGUUUUAUGAAGGGACGGCAGAGCAGAUGUACAAGAACCUGUUGGAGACACUUGGAUCCCUCCCCAAAGACACCAAAGUAUUUUGCGGCCAUGAAUAUACCGUGAGGAACCUGAAGUUUGCGCUUAAGGUGGAGCCAAGUAAUGAGAAGGUGAAGGAGAAGCUGGCGUGGGCCAAGGCUCGAGAUGAAGAUGAUAUUCCUACUGUCCCUUCCAGCCUGGAGGAGGAGUUUCUUUACAACCCCUUCAUGAGAGUGAGGGAGGAGGCUGUAAUGAAAUUCACAGGAAAAACCAACCCGGUGGAAGUGAUGCGAGUUUUGAGGAAGGAAAAGGAUGAAUUUAAGAAGCCGAAGGAUCGAUUUCCAAUUCCCGCCGUCCUUGCUUUCCAGAUGGGACUUCUCAGUCAGUCCUCCUCAGAUGAAAACUCCCCACCAAGAACUUAAAAUCCCUUCCUUGUAACUUUAUAGAGUAGGAGGGGACUUUGCUUAAGAUGGGUCAGGCUCAGACUCAGUCAUCAAUGGUUCCUAUUCAGCUUUCCAUAUAGAGUCAUUUCAUUGGUUACAUUUGGAAUUCAGCCACUGAAAUGCUUCACCUAAAGCCGUCGCUGAGAGACAGAUCUGCACUUUAUCACUCCCGGCCUCUCACGCCAUAGCAACUCCCUGCAAUCUUCAAGAGCCGAGAGAUCUUCCCCUCUUUUUAAAAGGGGUUGUUCACCUUCCUAUAGUUCACCAGAAAUAAAGAUUUUUUUUUUUUCCAUUUA